GUCACUAACUGCUCUCUUGGCUUCUCAGAAAACAACACGGGCUCGAGUAAGUGGCCCAGAGGCGGCGUUGGCGCUCAGUUCAGCGGCUCACGGUUCCCGAGCGGCGUUUGCAACCUGCGUCACCUGACGCAAAGACAGAAACGCGACGCCGAGGUGGGGUGCCUGAUCCAGGGAGAGGGAUUCAUUUUCCUCCUGCAUUCCUGAUGGAGCCGCACAAAGUGACUGGCAUUCCCAGCAGCGGAGCGCAGCGUGGACACACUCAGCCCCGCCCCUCCAGGCCCAGUAAUGGAGCGGGAACCUACGGACUUAGCAUCCGCGUCCAGGGGAUAGACGGACACCCCUACGUGGUCCUCAACAACCAGGAGCGGGCUUCGCAGUCACACCCUGAUCCCAACGGUAACGGCUACGUGGACUCGGAGGGCUCUUUUAUUGAAAACUACCAGGAGUAUGACUUCCGAGGAGGCAAGGAGCUGGGAUCCAACAGUCCCUUCAUGGAGUACCGGUCUCAGAAGGCGACCGCUCCCCCCGCUCCUCAAAACGGUGUCACGGACGCGCCGGGGAAGAAAACCUCGCAGCUUCUGAACUUCCAGAAGCACCCGGAGAUCCUCCAGCCCUACGACCCCGAGACCAACUCCCUCAACCUCCAGGGCGUCCACAGCUUGCCUUCAGCGGCUCCGCCUGCGGAUGAAACGGGCCGCCAGCGCCAGGCUUCCCCGUCCACACCUGCUGGGCCACAGACACAGAGAGGGCCUCCUCCAUCCCACACUCUGAGUGCGACGGCGAAGCCUCAGCCUCAGCCUCAGACCCGACCACAAGCUCAGCCACAAGUGGCUCAGCCACAGUCCAAAACUGCUGUCUCUAACCUGCAUCCACCGCAGUCCAAACUGUCUAAAACCCCGGUGCAGCCUCAUCCCUCCGCUGUCUCCAGUCCUCCAAGUGAGCACAGCAAGGCGCCCAGGCCCCCCAGCUCCGUCAGCAGCCCCGGCUCCAGCCUGGAGCGCCCUGGGCGUGAGCCCGACGUCCUUCCUCUGCGCAGGACGGACUCCAGCGGCCCGGUUCUGCAGUCCUCCUCCCGCUCGCGGCACUCCUCCUCCUCGUCCACCUCCAGGGCUGCGGGGGACGAACAGGCGGAGGCGCUGUACGCGGGCACCAUCAACCGCCACCAGAACCGCCGCUACAUCCCCUUCCUCCCCGGCUCCGGCAGAGACAUCGACACCGGCUCCAUCCCUGGAGUCGACGAGCUCAUUGAGAAGUUCGACGGGAAGGACGGCGGCGGGCACCAGCGGCGGGGCAGGGCCGGGCGCAGGAACCGGAUCAACCCGGACGACAGGAAGCGCUCGCGCAGCGUGGACAGCGCCCUCGGCCUGCGCGGCGACUCCAGCUACGCCAGCGAGUUCAGCCGGCAGCGGGGCACGUCCAUGGAGCACGUCCUGCGGCCGUCCCAGCUCCGGCUGCAGAAGGCGGGCGGCAUCCAGGACUCCUGGCUCUCGCUUGUGGAUGGGAAGGUGGAGUCCAAGGCCUCGGCGCGCGUCACCAGCGCGCCCGGCUCCCCCCAGAGCACCGUCUCCAAGGCAGUGGGCUCCAUCCAGGGCUUCAGAAAGCAGCCGCCUCGCUCCCAUUCACUGCCGUUCAAGAGGAAGGAGGGCGAGGACGGUGAUGCUGCAGUCACAGCGCUUUCAUCAGCGUCGCUGUCCAAGCCCCCGUCUGCAGACAGACAGGCCGGCGCGGAGGCAGACGCUCAGGCGACACCUGAUCUUCUGAAAGGUCAGCAGGAGCUUUCACAACAAACACAUGAGGAGACGGCUAAACAGAUUCUGUUCAAUUACCUCAAGGAUGGAAGCAACGAUAAUGAUGAAGCGACAAAGCGAAAGGUCAACGUCGUCUUCGAGAAGAUACAGACGCUGAAGUCUCGGGCCACAGCGAGCGCACAAAGCGACAACAAAUCUCAGGAUCACGCUGCACAGGCCAAAACUCUGCAGGAGCAAAACUCCCAACUGGAGAAAGAAAUAGACGAACUGAAGAAACAACUGGAUGAGCAAACCUCGAAUCAGGCUGGAAAAAGGACCGCAGCGAGUUUGAAGGAGCUGCAACAGGAGCUGGAGCGGAGUACGGAGGAGUGCAAGCGUCUGAAGGAGAAGCUGGCUAAAACCGAGGUGGAGCUCCAGAUGACAGUGGAGGAGCUGUUCCAGGUGAAGAUGGAGAGGGAGCAGCACCAGACGGAGAUCAGAGACCUGCAGGAUCAGCUGUCAGAGAUGCACGAUGAGCUGGACUCUGCGAAGAAGUCGACCUCAGAUGGGGAGAAAGACAUCAUUAUGGCGGACAUGAUGCAGCUCAAACUGGAGAUGCAGGAAGUUGCUCUGGCCAAGGAGGAGCAGGAGGAGCUGCUGAGAAGACGAGAGAGGGAGCUGACGGCUCUCAAAGGAGCCCUGAAGGAGGAAGUGGCCGCUCACGAUCAGGAGGUGGACAAGAUGAAGGAGCAGUACGAGAAGGAACUAAACCGGCUGCAGACGUCUUUGGAGGAGGCCAAGCAGGGCAGCGCGGCAGUGGCGCGUGAGAAGGCCGACGUGGAGGCAGCCAAGGGCGCGGCCGAAGGCCAAGCCGGGCGGCUGACGCUGGAGGCCGAGCGGCUGCGCAGACGGGCGCAGGAGCUGGAAAACGAAGUGGCCAAACUCAACCGCAUCAUUGAUGAGGCCAAGCUGCAGGAGAGCAGGCUGGGAGACCGAGUCGGUCGUCUGGAGAGGGAGAAAAAGCAGUUAGAAGAGUCACUGGCAGAAAUUAGGGAGCAGGAGGAGGAGAUGUCACGUGCCAACCGAGCGCUGACGACCCGUCUGGAGGACGUGCAGAGGAACUUGUCCAAACUGGGCAGUGACUAUAAGGAGAUGGAGGAGAGGUUGAAGGAAGAGAGGAAUCAGAAGGAGCAGUUCAAGACCAUGAAGAAUGACAUAGAGGACGAAAGGAGGCUGCUGGAUCGUACAGUGGACAAGCUUCAGAGGGAGAUGAGCGACAUUGUGGAGUUGUCCCAGUCGUCCACUCGGGAGCUGCAGGAGCAGAUUGAUAUUUAUAAGGAGAAGAACCGUCGGGAGUUGACAGAGCUUCAGAAACUGCUGAAGGAGCGAGGACAAGAGCUGGACAAGAGCCUGCUGACUACCAAAACCCUGCAAGAACAGCUGUCCCAGCGUGAGGAGAGUCUGCGGCAGAGUCAGAGGGAGCGGGAGGAAGCUGUGCUGGGGCAGAGGACGCUGGAGAAGAGGGUUCAGGAUCUGGAGGCGGAGUUGGAGGCAAAGGCGCACGCUAAAGACGACCGAUCUCGGCAGAUGAAACUAAUGGAGGACAGGAUCGCGCAGCUGGAGUUGGACCUUGAAGAGGAACAUCAGAAUGGAGACCAGCUGAUGGACCGGAUCGACCGAGGACGAGAGCAGGUGGAGCAGAUGAGGAGUGAGCUCCUGCAGGAGAGGGCUAGCAGACAGGACCUGGAGUGUGACAAGAUGGCCCUGGAGAGACAGAAUAAAGACCUAAAGAGCAGAGUGGAUCAGAUAGAAGGCUCGCAGAAGUCCAACAAAGAGGGGCUGGUGUUGCAGCUGGAAGGCCGCAUACAGGAGCUGGAGGAGAGACUGGAGGCGGAGGAGAGGGAGCGCGCAAACCUACAGGUGGUGAACCGUCGGCUUGACAGAAAGGUGAAAGAAAUCAUGAUGCAAAUUGAGGAGGAGCAUAACUCGAUGCAAGAUCAGAAGGACCAACUGAAUCUGCGCCUCAAGGCCCUGAAGAGACAGAUGGAUGAGGCUGAGGAGGAGAUCGACCGACUGGAGCACAGCAAGAAGAAGCUGCAGAGGGAUCUGGAUGAGCAGCAGGAGGCCAACGAGCAGCUCCAGAGCCAGCUCAAAGCCCUGCGAAGCGAGAUGAGGCGUAAGAGCACCUCCGCUCCUCUGCUCAACAACAUGGACGACGAUGAUGACGACGUCAGCACCGAUGGGGAGACGUACUUCAGCUCGUCGUCGGGGUACAAGCGCUCGUCGAGUCAGGACAAUGUGCUGUCCCCCUUCAGUAUGUAGACGAACAAGAGCCGGUCUUAGCGUCACUGUUGGACCAACUGUAGAUAUUAGACUACAACAUUUGUGCGAUCAUUUGAAAUCUUUUGUGUGAAGGAGGUCGCUUCGACCCGGAUCUGGUGCCAGCUCAACGUCCAUGAAGUCACUCAGUAUUAUUUGAAAAGCGGUUUAAAAAGGCCUUUAAAAUUCUGUCUGGUGAAAAUUAAUUGUAUACAGUAUAUUAUUUAAUUUGGCAGUUUUAUUUUCGCACCAAGUCCAAAAAUGUGAGUCUUGUUCUGGGUGUGUUCUUCAGCAGAUGACUUUGCUCUUGCUUCUCGAUCAUCGUUGUAGCUUUAGUUUAACAGACUUUGAUGCACUGCUCAACCACUUCUGCCUUUUGUGAACCAUGUGAAGUUAACCCACUUUUUUUUAUUCCUAUCAAUGUUUUAUUUACACUGUCUGAAUAUUCAUUUUUAUAUCUUUCAUCAGAUUAUUUUACCUUUUUAUUUUUUUUUACCUAUUUUUUUUUUUAUGAAAAUCAAAUCCAAAUAUUUGAAGUAAUGCUUUUCAGUUGUUUUAAAUUUUAUGCACAUUUAAAUACACAAUCUUGGAUCAGUCAUAUUAUUGAGGGAACAAUAAAUGAGGGACUAAAGUAUGUAAACACCCGUUUUUAUACAGUUUUAUAUGGUAUAUGACCAAUCUAUCCACAGAAGUUGUGUCACAGGUUACUCCUUCCAUUAAUGAGAGCAGGUUUCCUUGUAUGUCUUCUGGAAAAAGCUUCAAACGACUACUAACUUGAAUUUUUAUGAAUGCUGGUCUGUUUCAUCUCUAAAGACAUGUUGAUACUGGAAAUGCUUCUGAACGUGUGUUUUUGUGCUUUCGGAAGAGUGUGUGUGUGUGUGUGUGCAUGUGUGUGUCUGCGCGCACACACAGUGAAGCCUCUUGUAUCAUAUCAAUGAAGAAGCAAAGUCCUCCUGACGUUUCCUUUAAAAGUGAAUGAGGGGGUUUUUACAAAGUGACAAUCCACGUUUCUCUACACUGUGAUGAUUUGCACUGCGCUGAAUAUGCCCAAGUCUGACACCUGUGGAGUGAGAGAGUGGAGACAAACUCUUGCCACUACCUCCCAUGUUAAUAAAACUCCUGCGAAAACAACUUACUCAGUCUUUUUGUGAAUCGUGGCAGCUGAAGCCUCAGUCUUUUUUCCAGUGCGACGUCAAAGGUUCCUUCGGCGUAUAAACUUUGACUGUAUGUAAAUUGUAAAUAAAACUACAGUAAUUGUGUUUUUCUUCA